UGCGGCGGCGACGGAGCCGGGAGCCGGGGCCGGAGCCGGGAGCCAGGCGGCGGCAGAGGCGGCAACAAGUGCCGGAGCUGAGCCGAGGCUGGGGCCGAGCCGAGCAGAGGCGGAGCCACCCCGCCGCCGGGCUGCCCCGUAGCGGGCGCCACGCAUGGAGCGAGAGCGGCGGUGGUCGCCGGGCUGAGCCGCUCGGAGCGGCCGGGACGUGGAUGCAGCCGCGAUCUCCCGCCCCCGCCCCGCCGAGCAGGAGCUGCUCCCGGACAAGAUAUGAGAAAUGAGUGUUGGACGUCGAAGAAUAAAGUUGUUGGGAAUCCUGAUGAUGGUAAAUGUCUUCAUUUAUUUGAUCCUGGAAGUCUCCAAAAGUAAUAGCCAAGAAAAAAAUGCAAAGGGGGAAGUAAUAAUACCUAAAGAAAGGUUCUGGAAGAUAUCUGACCCUCCUCGGGCAUAUUGGAACAAGGAACAAGAAAAGCUGAACAGGAGGUUCAAUCCCAUUUUGAACACGUUAGCCAACCAGACAGGAGAAGCAUACGGAUUCUCCAAUAUAAGCCAUCUAAAUUACUGUGAACCUGACCUGAGGGUCAUGUCAGCAGUUUCAGAUUUCAACAGUUUGCCAGACAGAUUUAAAGAUUUUCUGCUAUAUUUGAGAUGUCGAAAUUAUUCACUGCUUAUAGACCAACCAGAUAAGUGUGCAAAGAAGCCCUUCUUAUUGCUGGCGAUUAAGUCCCUAACUUCACAUUUCGAUAGAAGGCAAGCGAUUCGGGAAUCUUGGGGCAAAGAAACCAAUGUGGGGAACCAAACGGUGGUGCGAGUUUUCUUACUGGGCCAGACCCCCGCAGAGGACAACCAUCCUGACCUUUCAGAUAUGCUGAAAUUUGAGAGUGAGAAGCACCAAGACAUUCUUUUGUGGAACUACAGAGAUACAUUCUUCAACUUGUCUCUGAAAGAAGUACUCUUUCUCAGGUGGGUGAGCACUUCCUGCCCAAAUGCCGAGUUCGUGUUCAAGGGCGAUGAUGAUGUUUUUGUGAACACCCAUCAUCUCCUGAAUUACUUGAAUAGCUUAUCCGGGAACAAAGCCAAAGAUUUGUUUAUUGGUGACGUGAUUCAUAAUGCUGGACCUCAUCGGGAUAAGAAACUCAAGUACUACAUCCCGGAAGUUGUUUACACUGGUGUCUACCCGCCUUAUGCAGGAGGAGGCGGAUUCCUGUACUCUGGCCACCUGGCCCUGAGACUGUACAAUGUAACUGACCGGGUCCUUCUCUACCCCAUUGAUGAUGUUUAUACUGGAAUGUGCCUUCAGAAACUCGGCCUCGCUCCAGAGAGACACAAAGGCUUCAGGACAUUUGAUAUAGAAGAGAAAAGCAGGAGUAACAUUUGUUCCUAUGUAGAUUUGAUGUUGGUACAUAGUAGAAAACCUCAAGAGAUGAUUGAUAUUUGGUCUCGGUUGCAGAGUGCUCAUUUAAAAUGCUGAAUUAUGUGCAAAUUACAUUUUACAUAGAAAUGUAUCUCAAAUAGUUCCCAUUUGUGUUCUCUUCCAUUAGAGGUCAUUUCUAUGUAAAACCAUCAAAAUUGCCUUUAUAGGUCAUGUCCAUUUGACGGCCCCUAAACUCUUCAGUGUGGUACUUCCUGAAGAGGGAAAGCAGAAGAUGCUAAUUUUUUAUGUAGAAUAAGACAGAAUGAAUGGUUCUGACCCUUCCUGUUAGCCAGUGGUCAUUAUUUUCUAACUUGUCCCCUCAUCAUCUGAAAUCAUGUUUCUAGAAUUUGACCAUAUUUUCAUUUUGCCCUCAUAUGAUGAUAAUCCUAUUUCCCAUUAUAAUGAGUAAAUUAUCAGUUUAGGUAUUCAUAAACCUAUUGGCAAAAGAGACAUUGCUCUGUAUGACUCAAUGGUUUUAGUGAAAUACAAUUACAUUUGUUUUCAUGAAAUUUAGAUGAAGUUUUAAAAUCAUCUAGAAAAAAUUGACUUUUGUCAGAAUUGCCCUGCCACCCCAACAGUAUUUCUUUGUGUUAACCAAAUCAAUCAGUUUUGCAAAAUGAGCAUCGCUGGAUGACAUUCAACCAGUGUAUCAUGUUGUGGUCUUACGAUCAUCAUGAGAAAGCUUAACUAUCUUGCAUUUGGUCUCCUGCGUGGUAUCAUGAUAGUUCUCUUUUUUAGUAUUUGAAAAUAAUGAGUAUGAUUCCAUAAUCUUCAAACUGAAGAUUGAAUUGUCCCUGGCAACCAUAUUGUAUUUAUAAUUUUUCAUUGUGAACCAGGAAAGCAUAUGUAAUUUUUGAACUUUAAGUGAAAAGAUUGAAAUUGCAGACCUUGUCGUGAAUGGUUUGUCAGUUUGAAACUGCAGGAUUCUAUUCUUGCUGUAUGGUUACAUAUUACUUAUACAAAAUUAUUAUCCUAAGUAGUGACUGCUUUCCUGUUUCAGUGUAGAAGUACCUGUGUUUUUAUUUAUUGUUUAGAUCAAAUACCAAACAUGUUCUUAAAUAUAUUUUGUGUAAUAUUUUAUUUGUAUACAGUGUUGUUGACUUAUUUAACUAGAGCAUGGUAUUUUAAAUAGUAAAGUAACAUGUUAAAUAAAACUAAUGGUUAUUUUUGAAUUUUAAAAUCUUCUUUUUUGGGGAAUAUAAACUAUAAUUCUGCCAAACUGUUGCUUAUAUAUACUAUCUUGUGACAUGCUCUCGAGAUAUUUUUGUGUUAUAGAGAUGAAGAUUCUUACAGAUGUGAUAGUAGGGACUGUAAGGAGAUAGAAAUAAAGUCACCAUAUUUUUAA